UGAGAAGAAAGAAACUCUGGGGGACCGGAAUUUGUGGCGAGGGUUAUAGAAAUUGUAGGAUUCAGGAAAGAGCAGCAGAUCCACCGCCUCCAUCUCUGCUGAUCGCCGUCCCUUUCCCGCUUGCCGUUGCCUCCUGAAUCUCCGGGCCCGCCGGCAACCGACGUUGCUUCUCGUUUUUCACGUAGAAGAAAAAAAAAGGUCGGCGGAAAAAAGAAGAGAAAGGAAGCAAGGAAACCUCCACACCCAUCCCUGCCACCUGGUUACCGCCUGUCACCACCGGUUGCCAUUUGCUCUUGAUUCCCUUAUGAAGGAAAUUGACGGGUGAAUCGAUAGUUUAAGAUUGACGAGGCAGAAACCUCUCUUCUGCAGCGCAACGCUCGUGGUCUUGCUGCAUUCCUCAGUUCCACCGUUUCGGAAUCGUUGUUGCUUUCUUUGAUUGGAAGAGAGAGACAGAGACGGCGAAGAAGCAGUCUUCAAAAUUGCACCCGACAUUCCCUGUUCUUGAUUAUCAAUCCGAGCCCCAGGGCUUUCUGUUUUGGUGUCAGAGGUUGGCCUUGCAGAAUCGAGGUUGCAGUCUAAUAAGAAAACCUUUGUCAUCAGAGGUGUAUAGAAAGAUCUCUGGUGUUUGGACAAGGCUAUUGUCUAGAGAAGCUGACAAGAUUCAGUCAUUACCUGUGCUAUCAUUAGCUAGCACCUCUAUUCCACCAUUUCAGAAUUCGUCUCCUGAAUUAUUAGGUGGCAAACCUGAUAACGAAGCCGCUAUGCAUGACAUUGAACCUCAGGGAUGUUCAAUCUGUUCAUGUCCUGACUUAAAUUGGAAAAAGCAUGCAGUUGAGCCAAUAACUGGCAUUGAGUUCCCAAUAGUACUGGAUAGUUCUUCAACCCAGGAGAAAAAGUCCAGUCUAGCUCCAGAGAUCCUUGUUGGAACUGGAUCAAGAACCAUGAAAAUAAUCAAAAUAAAGUCUCUUAAAGUCUACGCAUUUGGUUUCUAUGUCCAUCCUAACUCGCUCUGUGAGAAGUUGGGCUGGAAAUAUGCUUCCAAUCAAGUAUACGAGCUAGACAAGAGGCAUGACUUCUACCAAGACCUUCUCAGGGAGGAUAUUGGCAUGACUGUUCGUCUUGUGAUAAACUGCAACGGAAUGAAAAUCAAUACUGUGAGAGAUGCUUUUGAAAAAUCACUUCGAGCUCGACUACUGAAGACAAACCCUAGCACUGAUUACAGUUGCCUGAAUGCAUUUGGCUCACUGUUCACGAAAGAUAUUCCAAUACCGGCUGGAACCACUGUUGACUUUAGGCGCACAGCUGAUGGCCAUCUAAUAACUGAAAUUGAAGGAAAUCAUAUUGGAGCAAUCCAAAGCAAGGAACUAUGCAGGGCUUUCUUUGACAUGUACAUAGGGGAUGUUCCAGUUUCGGAGCAAGCAAAGGAAGAUAUUGGCAAAAAUGUGGCAAGCAUCAUCAGGAAAUGCUGAAGGCGUCACAAUUUGUCAUCUCCGUUGUCUCAAAUUUUUGAAGUAGACAAUUGGCGGGCGAAUGGAACUAAUAAACAUCUUGCUUAGCAUAAACUGUGAAUCAAGGAGCAGUGAAGAAGAACAUGGUGUGGUGAUGAGCUGGUGAGCACACCGUUGAUGAACUGAUCUGUGGGAGUUAUUAGAAAUUCUAUGCUGUUCGUUUCCAGAUGGCUAUCUUUUGAGUUCAACAAGGGGAAGGACUAAGGAGGUCCAUCUUGUGUCAAGGGUGAUUGGGUCUAUUCAUCGUAGGAAGCGGUAGGUAAUGUAUUCAGUUGAUUCGUAAGCAUAUUUGACACACAAAUACAUAAUACUCUUCACUUGGUUACUGGUGCGACAGAACAUCGCACAAAUUGUACCACUUUCCAAGGUGUAUCGUUAGUUCAUAUUAUUAUCUGACGUGAGAUUCGAGCU